AUGGUGGGAUCAAAGAGGAGUCGUGGGCGGCCACCAAAAACGGUGUCUCCGGUACCUGUUAAUCCUCCAUCGCCGGUGGCUCCACCGGAAAUGGAAUCAGAAAUCCAUGACGAAGACGAAGAUGGUGAUUUGGCUAAUAGUAAACAAGGACCUGUUAAUGGAAGUGAAACGAUGGCUCAAGAAACCCUAAUCGAAGACCAAGAUGGAAUUGGGCAUAAACUCUGGGUUGACAUGAUUAGUGGAAAUAGAAAUCCAGCUAAGGGUAGAGUUAUGCAGUAUGUGGCUCCCAAGGUGGUAGAUGGUGAAAUAGAUGUGAAAAUUGAGGAUGAGGAUGUUGCCCCAGAAUUGAAAUUUUGGGAAACUACUUUGAUCUUGUAUGUCUUAGGUGGAGAUAUCAGUAUGCAUAUGCUGAAGAAUUUCAUGGAGAAGGCUUGGAACUUUGUCUCCUUGCCGGAUAUGUACUAUCACGAUGAUGGAUAUUUCAUGCUUCGCUUCAAAUCUCAUGCGGAUAUGGAUGUUGUUUUGAUGAAAGGGCCUUAUACAAUCAGGAAUAUGCCUUUGAUUUUGCAGGAAUGGAGGCCGGAUUUUGAUCUCAAGAAAGACAUGUUGAGCACCAUCCCUAUAUGGGUGGAAUUGCCAAAACUUCCUUUGCAUCUAUGGGGAGAAACUAGCCUAAACAAAAUCGGUAGUGCCAUUGGAAUUCCUCUGGUGACAGAUGAAUGCACUACACAUAGGCUUAGAGUUUCAUAUGCCAGAAUAUUGGUGGAAGUUGAUAUUACCCAGAAGAUGCUUGAUGAAAUUACUAUUACAGAUAAUAAGGGUUUAAAAAGAAAGCAACCUAUUGAAUACGAGUGGAGGCCAAAAUUCUGUGAGAAGUGCCAGACAAUUGGGCAUCAAUGUGAUGGAGCUACUAAGCAUAAGAUUUGGAAGCCUAAGCCGAAGAAAGUUGAUCCUGAUAAAUAG